AUGGAGCUCCCUGCAGUUGUCUUGAUGAUCUUACUCCUCGCAUGUGGGCUUUUCCCUUCAAUGGAAGGUAGCGGUGGAGUGCUGGAGUUUGACAGCAGCGAUGAAGGCCCUGAGUCUGGGUUCCUUUCUGCCUCACGCACCCGUCGGGCCUCCGAGGCCCCUCCUCAGGACAAGUGCUCCUACACAUUCAUCGUUCCCCAACAGAAGGUCACGGGGGCCAUCUGUGUCAACUCAAAGGAGCCUGAGGCAGUUCUGGAGAAUCGCGUGAACAAGCAGGAGCUGGAACUUCUCAAUGCUGAGCUCCAUAAGCAAAAGAGGCAGAUUGAGACUCUGCAGCAGCUUGUAGAAGUCGAUGGUGGCAUUGUCAAUGAGGUGAAACUCUUGCGCAAAGAGUCGCGCAACAUGAACUCUCGUGUCACUCAACUCUACAUGCAGCUAUUGCAUGAGAUCAUCCGUAAACGCGACAAUGCGCUGGAGCUGUCUCAGCUGGAGAACAAGAUUCUUAACCAGACCUCAGAGAUGCUGCAGCUCACCAACCGCUACAAGGAUCUGGAGCAUAAGUAUCAGUAUUUGGCCUCGCUGGCCAACAACCAGUCAGCCGUCAUCGCUCUACUUGAGGCACAGUGUCAGAGGGGACCCCCAGUGGUGGCACCAAGACCACUCCCCCAGCCCCCGCCACAACCUCAGCCUAGACCCUCUCCACCCAUCAGCAAGCCAUAUCAGCCACCUACCUAUAGUCGCAACAACCAGAUCACCAAUGAGAUUCAGAGCGAUCAAAAUCCCAAAGGGCCACCACCUCCACUACCCACAAUGCCAAGUGGCACUCACAGCCCUUUCACUACCGACAAGCCCUCAGGUCCUUGGAAGGACUGUCUAGAGGCUCUGGAUGGUGGCCACACGAAUAGUGGCAUGUUCUUGGUAAGGCCAGAAAAUACAAACAAGUUGAUGCAGGUGUGGUGUGACCAAAGACAAGAUCCUGGCGGCUGGACAGUCAUCCAAAGACGCAUGGAUGGCUCAGUCAACUUCUUCAGGAACUGGGAGACUUACAAGCAAGGCUUUGGGAACAUUGACGGAGAGUACUGGCUAGGGCUGGAGAACAUUUACUGGUUGACUAGCCAGGGCAACUACAAGCUACUGGUGACCUUGGAGGACUGGUCUGGGCGCAAAACAUUUGCUGAAUAUGCCAGCUUCAGAUUGGAACCUGAGGCUGACUUCUACAAGCUAAGAGUGGGGCGUUACCAUGGCAAUGCGGGUGACUCACUCACCUGGCAUAAUGGCAAACAGUUCACCACACUGGACAGAGAUCAUGAUGCAUACACAGGUAACUGUGCCCACUAUCAGAAGGGAGGCUGGUGGUAUAACGCCUGUGCUCACUCAAACCUGAACGGUGUGUGGUACCGGGGAGGACACUAUCGCAGCCGCUACCAGGAUGGAGUAUACUGGGCAGAGUUCAGAGGAGGAGCAUAUUCUCUAAAGAAAGUAGUUAUGAUGAUCCGGCCCAACCCCAACACCUUUCAUUAAGUGGGACACAGAUGUUGGGGGGGACAAAGAAAAGUAUCUUUUUGUGCGAUUCUGAUUUGUAUCACAAAUAUGUAGACAAGCUUAAGAAGUCUGGCAGAAAAAGGAUAUCUAAAGUGAUGGCAAAGGCAACUUUUAUAUGACAAAUGGGACACAAUGACUACAAAGGAAUUACCCUUAGUUAUUGACAUCGGAAGAACAUGUGCCUGUUGGUCUCUCUAUUCUGCUUGUCACAAUAGUUUCCACUCUGUAGUCAUGUGGAGGAAAAAAAAAAUGUUCUCAUAUAAUUCUGGCUUUUGUUCACCAAAAGAACAAAAGCUUGACUUCAUCCAGCCUGUACAGUUGUGCUGUUCAUAUGGACUAGAUUAAUCUACUUUGAGUGGGUAUAUCAAACAUGAAAUAGUAUAACAAGGAAUUUAUGCUUUCAAAGAAAUGUACCAUGUGACAUAAGACACAGGACACAUAAUCCAGUGGCAAGACUCUUUACGUUUGUUUAAAGCAAAAGAAAAUGUUGUCUGGUGAGAUAAAUGGCUCAUUAUUUAUUUCAGGGAUUGCAAUUUAUUGCCUGGUUUCUUGAAAUAGUGUAUUUGAGUUAUGGAUAGAUAUGCUGCAAUAUUGGAGAACAAUUUAGGUAGUGAGAAACAGCUAACAUAUAGGUUAUAUGCCAUUAUAAUUAUGCAAAUCUCAAUUUUAGUCUGAUCAAGCAGUAGAGGAAGAAGCUAGGAGGGACAGGGACAGAACCACAAGCACGUCUACAGCAGCUGGUCAGAAAACUAAAGAAUUCAGCUUCAACAGAAGUAUGCUGUUGCCUGAACGUUAGUGUAACAGUUUGAGUAAUUAAGGCCUUCACGCUUGCAGUGAGCUACACCAUAUAUCUAGUACACAUCUGGCCUUUCUUAAAGAUAUAAAGUAAACAAAAAACAAUUUCAAACCACAACUAUUUCACAAUAAAGUACCAAUGUAACAUAAAACUGACCUGGCAAAGACAAAGUAUCUCAUUUUAGUAUUACUGCUGUAUAAAUGUAGCCUUAGAACAGAUAUCUAACACAAGUUCAAUAUGUAAGCUAUAGAGACCAAAAGAAAACUACAUUAAAGCUACAGAAAAAGUUGACCUUCUCAUUCAAGGCACAGGUUUUCUACUGAUGAUUUCAGUUCAAGUUACAGGCAUGUCUUUUUACAAAAUGCAAUCGCAAUAUUAAAAUCAGGUAUUCUGCAACGUGUUGACUCUAGAUUUUACCAAACUUCUGGGUUUGCUUCUGAAGAAUCAGAAACUGUAAGUACUGUAUAAAUGAAAAUGUUGGAAUCAGCGGAAGACCCAACACAUUUCUGUACAUAUAAUAAUUUUGUUGAAAAUAUUUGUAAUGCAAAUGUAACAAACGCAUCCUGUAACAUUAAACUGGUGCAAUAAAAAUGUACAGCUACAAGUAUCCAGA